UGUGUUUUACACUUUCAGUUCAGACUAGGCCCCCUACUGUCCAAACAGUGGCUACCAGUCAUGUAUUUGAGAACCACUUGUGAUUGGUGGACACCAUUUAGGCAGUGGAGGUCAAGCAGAGCCGUUGGAAAUUUCACUUAGGCAAUGUCUCCAUGGUUGUAAUGGAUUAGAAGGUCAAAUGCUGAGGACAAAAACCUCGGCUUCACCAACUCCUGGAGCUUCUCAUAAACUCACCCGUGCUGGUUGAGGGCAGAACAGAACAGAUGCCUUAGUACAAAAGAUUGCCCUGCUCUGUACAGUCCCCUAGCUCUGCAGGCCACAGCGAUGAGGCAAGGGCUAGGGUGCUCCGGAGGUGAUAAUCUGAGGCCGAUCGCAGCUUCCCCUUUCUCUGCCUUGACAAUUGCUUCUGUUACAGCUUUUUCUCAUGUUUCUCAUUGCACUCAAGAUCCAGUACCUUUUUUCAAUUUCCUUUUUUCAAAAGCAGAGUGUGUGGUAAUGUGACUCUGAGGAAAGCCCUGCUGCUGGGGUCGGGGAGGGUGUGGCAGGAGGAACCCACAACGUGACUCACUCAACUGUGAGAUCUUAACUGGGUGGCCCCACAGCUGCUGUGGUCCCGGGGGGCAGUGGUGACAGCCAUGGCAGCACAGCCUACAGCCUGGAACGCUGCAGCUAACUCGGGUCGGGAAAAUGCGACAGCGACUGCCCACUCCAGGUCGUCAUGGCGACAGCCAGUGAACGUGUUCCUCUCCUCGGGCAGGCCCCCGAGCGUAGAGGAGCUGCUUCGAGAGGCGCAGCUCAAUCUUCAGAGCCUGUUGCAAGAAGAAUAUGAGCAACAGUACUCAGAGGCCAGACUUCUGGGGCAGACUUUCCGCUCUUCUGAUGAGGUCCCUGAGCCCACCCCCAGCCCAAGCUCUCAGGCUGCCAGGCGUCUGCAGUUUGUAUUGAUGCCUACAAAACGGCAGCUGAGUGAGGAUGAGACUACCACCCAGGGUGUGAGGGCCCCUGAGGCCUCCCUGAGCCUGUCUACCACAGCCGACAAGCAAACUGCCUGGAAUGGCCCCUUCCCUCUACCCAUCCUAGAGGAGAAGUGGUGGCCUCAGCCCUGCUCCACGCACUCAGAUCUUGUGCCCAUCAACAUCUCUGGGCAGCAGUUUGAUAAACACGCAAGUUUGCGACACUCGUUGUUUAACACAGAGACAGCCAUCAACCCCAAGUCCACCCUGAGGCGGAGGCGGACCAUUAUUGGAGUCUCUAACUUUUCCCAGCGAGACCAAGGUCACAGCAACAGCCCAGCAGACAGUGUGGCCCACUCCACCCCCUCAGAUAUAAGGCUCAGUCACUCACUUCCAGAAGGUUUUCAUGGACGAGUUGCAGUUGGUCAGGAAACUCGGUUCCCAAAUCUCACCUCACGAGUACUAAGAACACCUUCGAGUGAGCCAGAAGAGCCUUCCCAGGCACAUAGUGGCCCUAGCCCUCCUGGCAUGGAGAGCAUGGGAAUGGUAUACAGUGUCCCAAGUUCUUGCAAUGGACCAGCAGAGUCAACCUUCUCCACUUCCUGGAAGGGAGAGGCUUUGACCUACAUGACACCAAGUGCUACCACCGAGAGCAAUCAAGUCGAUGAAAAUGGGAAAACUCCUUCCUCGGGGAAGCUGUGGGUCUCUCUGAACACACUCCCACCUCUGGUUCCUAAGGAGGCUGCUACCCUCUUUGUUGCUCGUGAUAACCCCACAGGAUGCAGCAGGUCAGCUGGCUACUCUGAGCACCCUACUCAACAAAGAGCGGUCCCAGAAAGGCCUUCCAAGAUGGGCCUUCUGACCCGUGGUACUUCAAGGCUGGAGACCAGCUCUGGGGGGGGCAGCAGGUUUCGGGAGCGAUCACUGUCUGUGCCCACAGAUUCAGGCACUACAGAUGUGGACUGUGCCAAGCAGCAGAAGGCCCGUGAGGCCUGUGCCCUGCCUUAUGCCAGUACAAGCCCAGAGGGCAGUACCAGUGCUGACAACAUUGCUUCCCUUAGCGCUGAACAGGAAGCUCAGCACAGAAGGCAGAGAUCUAAGAGUAUCUCACUCAAGAAGGCCAAAAAGAAGCCUUGCCCACCAACACGCAGUGUAUCGCUGCUCAAAGAUGAGCCAGUCCUCUUAUCAGAAGGAGGGUCAGUGCUACCUAAGGACAACAGGCCCAGGAGCCUGUGCCUCUCCUUGGAUCAAGGACAUCACUCAUCCCACCCAGAUGCUCAGGGCCAACCAGCUGUGCCAACCCUCAAAGAUCCAGAAGGUACGCAAUUUUCCCACCACUGGUAUCUUACCAACUGGAAGUCCGGUGACACGUACCAAUCCUUGUCCAGCUCCAGCACUGCCACUGGCACCACCGUCAUCGAGUGCACCCAAGUUCAGGGCAGCUCAGAAUCUCUGGCGUCCCCUUCCACCUCCAGAGCCACCACACCUUCCCAACUCUCCAUUGAGGUGGAGGCAAGGGAGGUUUCCUCUCCAGGAAGGCCCACUGGACUGAUGUCACCCUCCAGUGGAUACUCCAGCCAGUCAGAGACACCAACACCCACGGUCUCCAUGUCCUUAAUGCUGGGCCACUUACCUACUGCAAGCAGCAGUGUCCGGGUACGUCCAGUGGUACCUGAGAGGAAAUCAUCACUACCCCCGACAUCACCCAUGGAGAAAAUUUCCAAGUCACAGCUGUCAUUUGACCUACCCUUGGCUUCUUCUACCAAUAUAGAUCUGUCGGGGAUGAGUAUUUCCCUCAGAAGCAAAACCAAGGUGAGCCGGCAUCACUCAGACACAAAUACAAAUUUCGGGGCCAAGUUGGCCCAGAAGACCAGUCCCAACCAGCCAAUCAUGCCCAUGGUUACUCAGUCUGACCUGCGUUCUGUUCGCCUGAGGUCAGUCAGCAAGUCUGAGCCGGAAGAUGACGUUGAGAGCCCUGACUAUGCCGAGGAACCUGGAGCGGAAGAAGUCUUCAGUUUGCCAGAGAAAAAAGUGAAACCUCCUGUGGCUGAAAAGCCUCCGCUGGCCCGAAGGCCCCCAAGCUUGGUGCACAAACCUCCAUCUGUCCCCGAGGAGUACCCACUGACUUCACCCUCCUUGGCUAUGACCUCCAAGAGCUCAGCUCCACACAUCAGGCCACACCCCCAGGAUAGCCACACGGUGAUGCGUAAGCCAAAGGCCUGCAGUUUGCCUGAUGCCAGAAGCCCAGGGGAGUCUGCAGCACCCUCAUCUCUUGUCUUUACACCUUUCACCAGUUCCUCUGGUGCUUUCUUCUCAGGAAUGCAGCAACCUCCCCGGGGAAGUCUGGAGGAUGAGGGCUCCAAGAGGAGAGCCCUGCCUGAAAGAAUUAGCCUCCAGAGCCAGGAAGAAGCUGAGAAAAAGAAAGGCAAGAUCCCACCUCCCGUGCCAAAAAAGCCCAGUGUGCUGUACCUGCCUCUCACCUCGCAGAUAACACACAUGGACACCUACCUGGCAGACUCGAGGCUGCCCCUGAGCCCCAUCAUCACGCUGGAGGAAGAUGCCAAGUGUCCCCCGAUCAGCGACGAGUCGCGAUCACCUGGCAAAAGGAUGGCUUCGACGCCACAAGCUGACAGCGAAAAGGAGGCAAGCCCUCUGGGGCGUUCUGAAGAACCGAGUAUCGAAGAAAAAAGUUUGAUCAGUGAUAAAACAGCCGAAUGGAUUGCAGAGGAUGAUGAUGAUGUGUUUGUGACUUCACGCACAACUGAAGAUUUAUUUACUGUGAUACACAGGUCCAAAAGAAAGCUGCUCGGCUGGAAGGAGCCAGGUGAGGCCUUUACCAGCAACAGACCGAGCCCCCACUCACCAGUAACGAACACAGCUGAGUCUCCUACCGGCGAGCCUGCUGCCAUCGUGGGCCCAAGCAACAGUGCCAGCCUAGAUGCUGGCAGAAACGAUGAUUUCAAGGCUCUGCUCCAGAAGAAGGGAAGUAAGACAACCCCACGGUCCCGCCCUUCGGCAGCUGAACUGCUGAAGACCACCAACCCACUGGCUCGGAGAAUUAUUGCACAAUUUUCAAAAGACUAUGAAACCACUGACAACCCCAGCACCUAGGCCCUGGGGUCAACAAGCAGGGUUUCUUUACUAAACUUGAGUAGAGAUGGGAACGCGAAAGGGUUUUGAAAAAGAACCAUGGACAUAGCAAAGGAGCCUACAUUUCUUUUAUAUUAGCUCACGCCCUGGACAGCAGGAGAGAGGCCACUGCAUUUACAGCUGACCUCAGCAUGCAUCUGAAUCAUCUGCAGACACUGCAUUUUCAUACUUACAAUCUUGCCAUGACUGAAUGAAUACGAAGCUUCAUCUUUUCCCCUCUAAUGGUGUGCAUUAACUUCAAAAAAAUGUUCUGUGAGAGGGCAUAUGUGCCACCUUUCCAAACAAUGACCCAGCUGCUCCAGUGCUGACUCCUGGGUGAGAAGAUUGGGGGCUACUUACACCCAGGAAGCAGAAGGUGCCACCAUUGCUGAUUAUUCGCUUUCCAGGGGAAGCCUUGAUGGCCUAGUGUAGAGAUACAGAGAGACUAAUGUCUUCUUAACCACAGUUUUACUUUCCCCAGUGAGCAAUGUGCAGGUGUGCACUUGUUUUGGCAUGGGGUUGAUUGGUUGGCCUUUGUGGAGCAAGAUAUGAAUGUGACUGUCCUGAAACAUCAUGCCUUUUGCAGUUUGAUUGUCUACACGGAGAUCAGGGUGAUGAGUUGUAGUAAACACAAAAAGGAGACACACCCCCUUUCAGCUAAAAAGGAGACUAAUUGCAUGGAUGAACCAAGCUCAGCCAACAAACCAGGCAACCAUUCAUCCAUUCAGAUCUAGCCAAGGUAACUCAUACAUUCGUCUUGAGAUCCUUCAAGUGUCUGUCAAGAAUCACAGGCUCUGUGCCCAGCUCGUGCUGCAUUCUAAGAACUCUCAUUUCGUUUGCAUAUAAUAUUCAUUACAGAAAGUAAUUAGCUGAAGAACAACAUCAUCAAAGGUUCAAAGAGCAGAAAAAGGAAAAAAAAUCUUGCCCCCCACCAGCCUGUUCAGCUCAUAGUUGGUGGCUGAUCUGGUUUUAUUUGAAGGAAAUAUGGUUCUGUUUGAAAAACCAAGACUUUUUUUAAUCUAUCCAAAUCUAAAACGCAGCCUUGCAAGUUUCUAUGGCCCAUGACAUGAAAAAGGGCUAUUUUUUGCCCAUUUGGUUCUGUAUUUUGACCAGUUUUCAGUUAAGCAUGCUGGGGGAGAGUAAGAACUUGUGUAAACGGGAUGCUGAAAGUGCUCCGGAACAAUCACAGUCCCUCUCCCAGGCUAAUGGGCACCAAAUAUUCUCGUCAACUCAAUUUUCUAGUCAGAACAAGAGGAGUGAUUCCUUUAAUUUUCAUAUACCCAACUUCUAGGAGGUUAGGGAUAAAAAGACCCAAUGACAGGAAGUUAACUGUCUACUGUUUCCUAAGAAGCAAAGAGAAAAGAACCUGCUUCACCAUGAAUGAUCCUCCUCUCCUUCCUCCUUCAUGCCAUAGCUGACACAUUGAUUGAUAAAUCAACCUCCUGAAGGAUGCAGUAAGAGUUCCAGAGACAAAUAGAUCUCAAUUUUGAUAGAACGCGCUACUCACCAAUGAGAAGCAAGCAACACUCCACCUGGACAGAGAGGAGAAAAAUCGUGUUGAGCACUAAGAAGACUUGAGCCUCUCAUGUAUAAACAUGAGGCUAAGGCCUGGGUAGGUGCAGUUCUGAAUUCUAGACUUCCGGGUACAGGCCAGACUCACCAAUUUUCUUGCAGUCAGUGUUUCCCUCUGAUUUAGAUAGAAGCCACUUAAAAGAGUAAACAGCUAGAAUAAGCCCAGAUGCUUUUGGAAAUAUUGGAACUACUUACAUUUUCCUGAAGUAAAAACAAAUUAUUUUUUGGCUUAAUUUAUAUAAGCGUGCCACACUUGUCUGCCCUGAACUCAGAAUUCUAAAAAGUGUGAACAUUUUCCUUUAAGGGAAAUAAAGGAAUGUUUGUGCUUUUGCCUAGGAAAAGAGAAAAGUUAUCAGAGUUUGCUCCUUGGGAACCAUUUUGAAUAGCUGAACUCUAGAACUGAGUACGAGAUUUACACAGUACAGGACUUAUUACUUCUGCUAAAUUUUCUGGAAGCUUCUUGUUUGCUACUUCUAAUGGGUUUUGCCUCUCCCCUCACCUUGCUACCUCUGGAGGUUUUCCCAAGAUUUUAAAGCUGAAUAUCCUGACACCUUUACAUUUUUCAGUGUCCUUGAUUCUUUCUUUCCUCAACAAUAUUCCAUAGGCCUGGAACUAUUAAAACAACUUCUACAUCAUCAUUAUCAGUUUGGUCCUCAAAUGCCCAGUACUGUUCCCACUAGCACAAGAAAAAGAUUUGGGGCAAAAAUUGUAUGAGUAGAAAUAACGUUCAAGACUGGACAUAUUUACUCAAUAUUCUAUAACAGGUGUACCCGGUCCCAAACAAACAAUCAAAAUAAUGAUUGAAAAUUUUUAAAUUGGAAUACGUAAGAGAUCUGAGUAAAAUGAAGUUGACCCCAGGAGUCAAUUUCCAUUUCAACUCAUUGCUAGCCCCCUUUUCCCCUCUAGUCCAACACAAAGCAACAGGUCACUCUGUUAAGCUAAUUUCAGUCAAGGAAGGAGAAAGAGUCAAGAAAGUAUCUAAGGAUGCUUUUGUGUGUGGUGGAUGUUGAUUUCAAAUGUGGUUCAGAUGUGAAAGGUAGAGGAGCAAGUGUUGUUGAUGUCUCUUCCCUGUUGCCUCCAUUACUUCAUUUACCUGAGUUACCCACUGGGCCCCAAUCUGUCCUUCAGCCCCAGCUCCCAUGAACUGUAUCCCUAAGCCAACAGCUUGUCUAGAAAGGAGGCAAGAUGUCAGGCAGCAAAAUAGUUCAUAUUAACUUCAGCAAUACACAUUGACCAGUUGACAUCCAUUUUAACCAACGCAGAUCCAAUGUGAUCUCAUUGUACCUUUCAGCCUGAACAGAUCUUCCCAACCACUUGCCCACUCCUCAAAUCUGUACCAGUCAGGAAAAAUAUGAGUUCAUGCUAUUCCUCUGUUCCUCAUUGGUCCAGCCUUCCAUUAUUGCCAAGUCUGUGUGUGACACAGUGGCAAGCUUUCACUUGAAUAUGAUUUUCAAGGGCCAGGACUAGGGCAAGGUGAACAAGGCACUUAAGUGCCAAAGUUAAGGAAGUGCCCGUUCUCAAGGCCAUGCAAGUGCCUUCCCUCGUCCCGGCCCUAUGGUUUGCACUCUACAAAGUUAAGUCAGUUUAUCUUCUCCCUGUAAACGAGUGUGGCUCUUCUGAUUUGAGAGGGUAACUUCCUCUCUGUUGCACCAAAUGCUUUAGUGCUAUCUAUUUUUCCAUUACUAUAAAUCUUUGUAUGCCUAUGCAUUAAGUACUCUUCAGUGCUAUUAGAAACAUAGUUGAUUUAACCUGCUCCAAGUGGCAAGUUAGAACCCCUAUCAGUUGGGAUGUGUACAAGGACAGCCCUUCAGCAACAAUGAGCGAGCUGGAGGGCUGUCACUGCUGUCCAUUAUCUCCUCUUUCCUGUGCAUCCCUCCAAAAUUUCACUUCCCAGCACCGACUCUCCUAGUGCCUCCUGCUCUGUUGUCCUCCUAUCUGAAAAAAAAAAAUGUUCUCAGGAAAGGGAUAAAUUCACCUACUUUGAGAUUAUAGGCUUAAUGCUACCUCUUUUGAGGAUCACUCACAUUUUUAACAGGGAAAAAGCCUUAAGCCAAAGGAAUGAAGUUCUAUUUGCAGAAUGUUAGGCAUCAACUAGUUGUAGAAGUGUCUUUCACCAUGGAAAGAUCAAAAUUCCCUGACAACUCCAGAAUACAGAAAA